AUGACGACCCUCCUUCAAUAUAUCCUCUCGCAGGACUCCUUCAGAAAAAACCGCCUCCCCUCCCUCUACUCCGACUUCCCCAUCCACCGCAAGACCAACCCCGAGGGAUACACCACCAACAUCACAGCCUGGGCACAUGCCCUAACCUCCGCCGCAAAGCACGGCUACAUCGCUCCACAUGGGCCUGCCUCGAAGGGCAAAGCGAACCACUUGAUUCUCAGAGCUGAUGAAUCCUUGCUACGUGAUCUGGAGAUCCCGGAGUGUGGACGACCUGUUGCGCUGGGAGCAGUUUUCGAUGAAGCGACAAGGAAUCGAACCAUGGUGCCGCUGCACCUUUAUCGAACUAACCCGGCGAGCUUGCGUAAGCCGCAGUGGGGGAUUGAUACAUCUGUGUUGAGCCCAUGGGCUGUGAUGAGCUGGGGGAUGAAGCAGUUGAAAGGGGCUGUGAUUGGAUCUGAGGAGGCGACGCCGAGAUUACAGCCUCAGGAGUUGGUUUUGGUAGAGAAUCUGAAGGAGGCUGCAGACCGCGUAGUUAAGCACGCUACGGGGAAUAGUCCGUCGAAGACUGACUUGGUCUACUCGAAGGAGAGCUUCGUGAGUGAAUUCGCUGGUGUUCUGGAUGAAAGGAGUCUCCUGUCGGACGCGGAUAUGGAUGUGCUUUUACUGUAUAUGUCGCGUGAUAGCGGUGCUAUUGCGUAUGAUGGGAAGGCAUGUAUUAUCUCAUUCAUAUAUUUGCGCUUUUUAUCUAUCCCAUGCAAGGCGCUAACUAUGCUGCAGACUAUCAAAUUCAGAACCAGUGACGCUCCAAAAGAUAUCACAGAGCAAGAUACCGCCGUCGCCUCUAUCAAAACGCUCAUGGCGACUAUGACCAAGCAGGUGGAGAAUCUGGAGAACAAAAUCACUGAACUGAAUUCAACUGCCAAAAUGGCGCUGCAAAACAAGAACCGCGUUUCGGCGCUCUCGGCUGUGCGCUCUAAGAAGCUUGCGGAGCAUAAUCUGAAACAGAGACUGGAUACUCUGAUGCAGCUUGAGGAGGUAUAUUCCAAAAUCGAGCAGGCUACGGAUCAAGUGCAAUUCGUGAAGGUCAUGGAGGCAAGCACAGGAGCCCUUCGAGGCUUGCAUACUCAGAUCGGCGGUGCGGAGAGGGUCGAAGAUGUGGUGCAAGAGCUGCGUGAUGAGAUGUCCAAGGUGGACGAGGUCGGAAACAUCAUGAACGAGGCUGGUCCACAGAUUGAUGAGACUGAGAUCGACGACGAGCUGCAGGAAUUGGAGAACAAGGAGCGGGAGGAAAUGGAAGAGAAGGAGGCAGAAGAGACUCGCAAGAAGCUUGCCGAACUUGACAGUCUCCAGCAGGGCGCUCAGGAAGCCGCUCGCAGAGCAGCAGCAGAGCGAGCCGUGGAAUCGGAAUUGGAGGACCGCCUGUCUCGGAUGUCGGUCGAGGAGGGUCCCAAUACCACUGCUUAG